GCUGCCACAGGGCAGCAAGCAGGGCACCAGUAGUGCCAACAAAGAGAGCUAUUCGGCCAGAGAGAGAGAGAGAGAGGGCCUGAGGGGCCGGGGGGGCUAAAUAAGGUUGUUCAUGGCUGUGGGAGCGAGAGACGGUGGCGAGGAUGACGGCGGCGGCGGCGGCAGCGGCAGCGACCACGCAGCCGGAGCCGGCGGGGCCACGACGACGAAUUCGAACAACAAGCAGGUGGUGGCGUUCCUUGGCAUGUUCAGGUACGCCGACCGCACCGACGCCGCGCUCAUGGCGGUCGGCACGGUGGCGGCGGUGGCCAACGGCAUGACGGAGCCGCUCAUGACCGUCGUCUUCGCCGCCGUCAUCGAGUGCUUCGGCGCCGGCGACGACGCCACCAUCCUCCACCGGGUCAGCAAGGUUAUCAUGUACUACAUCUACCUGGGAAUCGGAACAGCAGUUUCUUCCUUUCUCCAGGUGUCAUGCUGGACGGUGGCUGGAGAAAGGCAGUCAACACGGCUGCGAUCAUUAUACCUUGAAGCUGUUCUGAGGCAAGACAUUGCAUUCUUUGACGUGGAGAUGACAACUGCAGAAGCAGCUUCAAGAAUGUCUGCGGACACUGUACUUAUCCAAGACGCCCUCGGUGAGAAGGUAGGGAAGUACAUACAGCUUUUGACGACUUUCAUCGGUGGCUUUAUCAUUGGAUUCAUUAGAGGCUGGAUGCUGGCCCUUGUUGUGCUUGCGUGCAUACCUCCAAGCAUUUUAUCCUUUGCAACAGUCUCCCGACUGCGAGCUCAAAUAUCUCAAAAGAGGCAAGAAUCAUAUGAAGAUGCAGGGAAUAUUGUCGAGCAAACCAUUGGAGCAAUAAGAACAGUUGUAUCUUUCAAUGGUGAGAAGAAAGCAAUUGCAAUGUACAAUAAUCACAUAAAAAAGGCAUACAAGGCUACUCUCAUGGAAGGGAUUGUCACUGGUCUUGGAGUAGGUUGCAUAUUUUUUGUUGUCUUCUGCAAUUACUCUCUAGCUUUCUGGUAUGGCGCCAAGCUAAUCAUCGGCAAAGGAUAUACUGGAGGGCAGGUCCUCAAUAUCGUAUUUGCAAUUUUAACUGGCUCAGUGGCUAUAGGUAAUGCAUCACCAUCUAUUUCUGCAAUUGCAGAAGGGCAGUCUGCAGCACAAAGAUUGUUUGAAAUUAUCAACAGAAAACCAGAUAUUGACAUUACCGACACUUCUGGAAUAGUAUUAGAAGAUAUUGAGGGAGAUGUUGAGCUCAAGGAUGUGUUCUUUAGGUACCCUGCAAGGCCUGAGCAUUUGAUACUUGAUGGCCUGUGCCUGCACGUACCUAAUGGCACCACAAUGGCUAUAGUCGGGGAGAGCGGAAGUGGUAAAUCAACAAUAAUUAGUCUGGUGGAGAGAUUUUAUGAUCCACAGGCUGGUGAAGUGUUGGUAGAUGGUGUGAACAUCAAAAGCCUGCAGCUCCAAUGGUUAAGAGGAAAGAUAAGUCUUGUCAGCCAAGAACCAUUGCUUUUUAUGACCUCCAUCAAGGAUAACAUAACCUAUGGUAAAGCGGAUGCUACAAUCGAAGAGAUCAAGAGAGCAGCUGAGCUUGCAAAUGCAGCAACCUUCAUUGAAAAGCUGCCUGAUGCAUACGAGACAAUGGUUGGUCAACGUGGUUCUCAGCUUUCUGGGGGGCAAAAGCAAAGGAUUGCCAUCGCAAGAGCAAUCCUCAAAAAUCCAAAAAUCCUUCUUUUGGACGAAGCUACAAGUGCUUUAGAUGUAGAGUCUGAAAGGGUAGUUCAAGAAGCACUAAAUAGGAUCAUGGUAGGGAGAACUACACUCAUUGUUGCCCACCGCCUGAGCACCAUCAGGAGUGCAGACUGCAUAGCAGUAGUUCAUCAAGGGAAAGUAGUUGAACGAGGUGUCCAUGACAAGCUGAUUAAGGAUCCUGAUGGAGCUUAUCCUCAGCUUAUUAGGUUACAACAGGCACAUGCUAAAGAAAGGCAUGAGGUUCCAAAUACUGAUAUGUCAGGUUCAAUAUAUAAAAGUAGAAGUUUAUCUUUGGAGCAAUCAAUAGACAGAGAUUCUCCCAGGAACAAAGGACAUCACUGCUCCACAAAAUCCACUGGGCUGUCUGAAGAAUUGAACAAACAAGUUUUUAUAGACAGACAGGAACACCAGGAAUCUAGUGAUAGUAAGGCUCCUAAGAAAGCACCAAUUGGACGACUAUUCAAACUUAAUAAGCCAGAAGCACCAGUUCUCCUAUUUGCUGCUAUAGCUGCCUUUGUGCAUGGUCUUAUGUUCCCAUCGUUCAGUAUAAUGAUGUCUGGUGGUAUAAGAAGUUUCUACUAUCCACCACACCAACUUCGAAAAGAUUCUCGGUUUUGGGCAUUGAUGUGCCUUCUGUUCGCAGUCAUUGCCCUGAUUUCAAUCCAACUGGAAUACUUUCUAUUUGGGAUCGCUGGUGGGAAACUUAUACAACGUGUCCGCUCUUUGUCUUUCCAGAGUAUAGUGCAUCAAGAGGUUGCUUGGUUUGAUGACCCUUCAAAUUCUAGGUUUGGCUUCUUAAACAUUUUUUUUUUCAAAUUUCCUAAAUUUUUCUACAACUGUUUGGACAUCAAUUUUACUGUUUCAUUUUAUAGUGGGGCACUUGGCGCGAGACUCCAUAUUGAUGCUUUGAACAUCCGACGCCUCGUCGGAGAUAACUUGGCCAUACUAGUGCAGUGUAUAGUAACACUAAUAGCUGGCUUUUCCAUAGCAUUUGCUUCUGACUGGAAGCUCACGCUGAUCGUCAUAUGUGUGAUUCCUGUAAUGGGCUCACAAAAUUAUAUUCAAGUGAAAUUCUUGAAAGGGUUCAGUGAAGAUGCUAAGGUGAUGUAUGAAGAUGCAAGUCAAGUCGUAACUGAGGCAAUUAGUAGCAUUCGAACUGUAGCAUCUUUCUGUGCAGAGAAGAGGGUAAUUACAUCAUACAUUGAAAAAUGCCAAGCUUCAAUGAAACAGGGCAUUAGAAGUGGAAUGGUUGGAGGCCUUGGUUUCAGUUUCUCAAACUUAAUGAUGUAUCUCACAUAUGCUCUUUGUUUCUAUGUUGGUGCACUGUUCGUACAUGAAGGAAAAUCAACUUUUAAAGACGUUUUUAGGGUCUAUUUUGCUUUGAUUUUCACAGCUUUUGGAAUUUCUCAAACAAGUGCAAUGGCAACAGACUCAACAAAAGCCCAGGAAUCCACAACUUCCAUACUAGCUAUUAUAGACAGGAGGUCUAAAAUCAACUCAACUAGUGAUGAAGGCGUAAUUCUAGAAAAAGUUGAUGGAAACAUAGAUUUCAGCCAUGUAAGCUUUAAAUACCCAUCACGGCCAGACGUCCAAGUGCUCAGUGACUUCACUUUGGCCAUUCCAGCCAGAAAGACUGUUGCACUUGUUGGAGAGAGUGGUAGUGGUAAGUCAACAAUAAUUGCUUUGCUCGAGCGAUUCUAUGACCCAGAUUCUGGCACAGUCUCACUAGAUGGAACAGAACUUAAAAAACUAAAGCUGAGUUGGUUAAGAGACCAAAUGGGGUUAGUGAGCCAAGAACCUGUACUUUUCAACGACACAAUUCACGCCAACAUAGCAUAUGGAAAACAAGGAGAAGUAAGAGAGGACGAGAUUGUUGCUGCAGCCAAGGCAGCCAAUGCUCAUGAGUUCAUAUCUAGCUUGCCUCAGGGAUAUAGCACUAUUGUCGGCGAAAGAGGAACACAGCUCUCUGGAGGGCAAAAACAACGGGUUGCUAUUGCAAGGGCCAUCUUGAAGGACCCAAAAAUACUUCUACUCGACGAGGCAACAAGUGCCCUGGAUGCUGAAGCUGAGCGUACUGUUCAAGAUGCGUUAGACCAAGUGAUGGUCAGCAGGACCACCAUUGUUGUGGCGCACCGACUGUCCACAAUCAAAGGGGCAGAUAUGAUUGUAGUCAUCAAAGAUGGUAAAGUUGCCGAGAAGGGAAAGCAUGAAUACCUCGUGGGCAAGGGUGGAGUUUAUGCAUCGCUGGUAGAACUGCACUCGAAGUCAGCAUAA